UCAUAAUCCGAGUAAGUUUCAUCCUUGAGAUAACAUACAGACAGUAAGACAGAAAUCCAUCAGUUCGACCUCAACGAGAAGGUGAAUCACAAGCUGUGCUAAAGUGUUGCCGCAGCGAGGAACGUCGUUGCCAUCGCUGAUGAUCUGGGUUUCCAAAUCAGCUCGAAUCAAUCGUUUCUUCUUCUUUGGCAUCGUAACUAGCUUGAGUGCUUGAGUGCUUGAGUGCUUGAGUCUCGAAAGAAUCGAAAAUGGCCGCGAAAUUUAUGUUCCCUAAAAAGCUAUUGCAGCACAUCGAGAGGGGUCGGAACGAAGAGGCAAAAGAAAUGCUGAACGAGGAUCUGGCGAAGGGGCGCGACGACUUUGGCACGCUGCUGCAUUAUGCAGCUCGGUACGGCAACGCAGCGAUCGCCCCCACCUUGAUCGAAUUGGGAAGCGACAUAGAAGCGAGGGGGAGCGGAAAUCUGACACCACUGACGGUAGCUGUGUUACUGGAACGCACGGAACUGUGCGCGAUGCUGUUAGCCGCGGGAGCUCGCGUUAACAUCUACGACGAUGAAACUAUGAUGCAAAAAAUUUUCAACGAGCCAGAUACAUGCUGCGAUUUGAUCACGUUAUUUCUCGAGGCGGUAGUAUGUCCUCUAAAGCAAACCAUCGGCGAGAUAGUUGAGUUUUUCAUAUACUAUAGUUCGUCGAUGUAUCACGCCACCUGUGUCGGACAAAUCAGCGUGCUGGAAGAAAUGGUGCGGAUGGGAUACGAGCUUGACUCUAUAAACCGUGCCGGGAAAACUGCUCUGCACGCUGCUGCACAACUGGGAGACUUGUGUUUGGGCAAGUGGCUGGUCGUCCAGGGUGUCGACGUUAACGUGAUCGAUCACAGCGGCUACACGGCAUUAUGUGCCGCCGCGCGCUCGGGUGACGAAGAGAUGAUCAAAAUGUUGAUGCAGCAGGGCGCCGAUCCUAAUCAGCAAUCGCCUACCUAUCGGAUUACACCUUUGUACGAAACUUUCUUAGAUAUAAAACCGGAUAUUUCCGAACAAUACGACGCCUGCGCCGAGUGUCUCCUACAGAGUGGCGCUAUCCCCUGCAAUCCGUGUAUAGUCGAAACGGUAGAUGAUCCUAAGACGAUAUUCGACUUUGCCUUUGAGCGGUCGAACUAUAACAGGCUUCGAAUGGUCAUCUGUCAUCUGGCAGUGUACGAGCAACGCGGUUUUUCAAUCGCCAAAAGCGUCAUGUACUGCCUCUGCCCGCAAUAUCAGGAGAGGCUGGACGACCAGAAGUUUUACUAUAAAAGUUGUCACAGAGUACUCCAGACCAACAUGUUUGGUAAAUAUUCGUUACUUGAUUUGCUGACCAAGGACGAAUUCACCAUGAAGAAGAUGAUACGCGACGAGACAUUUUCCCGCAAAGUCACUGAGAUGAGCACCGAACUCUGUCUGGAGAAACUUUAUACAUAUUACUACAACACGCUCUUUGCACGCAUUAAAAGAUACGAAAAAAUAAUUUUACUGGAUGACGCUUCGGAACAGUUUUCGGGCAUCACUUUGCGCGAAACUGCGUGUUGAGUAUGAAAAUAAACCAAACAUUCUCAUUGUUUGUUCUCAAGCUAUGUUUCUUAUAUGAAUCAUAACAAUUUGACGUAUUUGAAUACCAAAAUAAUUAUUAAUUAUA